AUGGACGAUACCGAAUUUGACCAAGCACCACAACUGUUGUUUGAAGGUGUAUCUUCGAUUGAGAAAAUCGGUUGUCCAGGUACACUGAUUCCAUUAACAAACGAUACUCGUGCAGUAUUAUGUGGCGAUGAUUCAAAUAAUGUUAUUAUUGUUGCAACUCGAUUUGGCUUGGGUCGCUGUUUAGUAUUUGCUCAUAAUGGUUACCCAGGAAUAUUUUUUAACACUGAAAGCAAAUAUCAACAGUUCGUUGAAAAUUGUCGACGAUGGCUUGCUCGAGGUCAUCAAGCUGAAUUUCUAUCGAUUGAUAAAGCUACAAGCAUGAACGAUAUUUCAGCACACGGAAAAAUUCUUGUUUGGAACGGUCACCGUGAAAAAUCAGAAGCAUUUAUGAAUAAUAUAUGCGAAUUUUUAGAACGGGGUGGUGCAUUGAUUUGUGGAUCGACAGCAUGGGGUUGGUUACAAGGAAGUGGCAAACUUCUGUCAGAUUUUCCUUUUGCACGUUUUUGUGAUUAUAUCGGAGUGAAAAUCACAGAUAAUUAUGCUAAUUGUCCUAAUCCAAUAGAAUUUCGUGAAGGCUUAAUUGAAUUUAAAAAUAUUUAUCAUGCUGUUCGAGGGUUAGCAAAUAAUCCAUCUAAUAUAACUACACUUUCUAUUGUUGGAUCAGCAAUUAAAGAAUUAGGGGAUACAUUGCCUGGAGUUUCCAUAGAAACUUUAGAAAAUAUUGUGAUGAAUGCCGGUGAAGAAGUAAUACCAAUGAAUCAAUGCCCGGUCAAAGACAAACUAAAUCGAGAGCAAUCGGCUGGUAUCUGUGGAAUUAUGUGCGCUUUACCGGGUAUUAAAGCACCAGGAGUUCGACAUUUUCCGGGAGAUUUCGAUCGACCCCCUAAUAUUUUAACUGGUGUUCGAUGUCAUUUUAAAUCGAUAGAUAGCGAAUGGCACUGUUCAGGAUAUUAUGUUGCUGCUGGUAUUCCAAUUCAGAUUGAUGUUUUAGAACAAAAAGGAGCACCAGGAUGGUCAGCUAGAGUUGGAUGUCACAGUGAUGAUCUUGGGGGUUGUGAUGAAUAUCGUCGAUGGCCUUGUAUUUCCAUACGUAAACCAUUAGUAAAUAAUUCUGUAAACAUAAAUUCAGCGUUUGGCGGUUUACUAUUUUUUCAAAGCCCUGAAGGUGGACCAAGUUCGAUUACUGUUACUUUCCAUCAUGUAGUAUUAGCACCAACCUAUGAUGUAACUGAACUCAAUCAUGCUGCAUUGUGGGAAUACAGACGUUCAAGAGCUCAAGGCUUAUGGGCUGAUAUAGCUGGUCGACAUAUUGUAUUUAAUCUUCCAUGUAAAAGUGUUGUACAUCUAAAAUCUACUGAAUUACAUGAAGUAUUAGAAUUCUGGGACGCAAUUAUACUCGCUCAUCAUGAUCUACGAGGAACAAAGCCAACACGUCGAGAACGUGUUGUUUGUGAUGAACAACCAUCUCUUGGUUACAUGCACAGUGGAUAUCCAGUGGUUACACAUAUGGAUGUAAGUGAUCCGAAUUCGGAUGGCUUUCUAUUGGAUUGUGAGAAAUUAAAACAAAAAGGAGCUUGGGGUUUAUUUCAUGAGCUUGGGCAUAAUAUGCAACAAGGCUGGUGGACAUUUGAUGGUACUGGUGAAGUAACAGUAAAUAUAUUUACUCUACAUGCAAUGGAUAAAGUUUGUCAUCUUGAAACAUGGAUACAUCCCUGGUUGCAAGAUCAAAUUUCCAGUACACAAAAGUACAUUGAAAAAGGAUGCAAUUUUGAUGAAUGGAAAAAUAAGCCCGGUGUAGCUUUAUUUAUUUAUGCUCAAUUAAUACGAGAAUAUGGUUGGCAAAGUUAUAAGGAUGUUUUUCGUGAAUACGAACAAACUAAACCGAAUCUUCAUUCCGAUCAAGAAAAAAUGGAUCAUUGGAUAAUUACAUUUUCUAAGCAAGUUGGUUAUAAUUUAGUUCCAUUAUUUAAAUUUUGGGGUUUUCCAAUUUCCGAAUCGACUGUGGACAAUUUGAAACAACUAACCGUUCCACAAAUCUUUGACGAUUUUAUUCAAAUGGCACCAGAACGUUAUUGUAUUUAA